AUGGCAGAAAUGGAGAAAGAAGGGAGACCUCCGGAAAAUAAAAGGAGCCGGAAACCGGCUCACCCCGUGAAGAGGGAGAUCAACGAGGAGAUGAAGAACUUUGCAGAGAACACCAUGAAUGAACUUCUUGGCUGGUACGGCUAUGACAAAGUUGAAUUAAAAGACGGUGAAGACAUUGAGUUCAGGAGCUACCCUACUGAUGGGGAGAGCCGGCAGCACAUUUCUGUUCUAAAAGAAAAUUCCUUGCCAAAACCAAAAUUACCGGAGGACAGUGUUAUUUCGUCAUACAAUAUAAGCGCAGGCUAUUCAGGCCUUGCCACUGGGAAUGGACUCAGUGACUCACCUGCAGGGUCAAAGGACCAUGGCAAUGUGCCCAUUAUUGUACCUUUAAUCCCACCACCUUUCAUAAAGCCGCCAGCAGAAGAUGAUGUGUCAAAUGUACAAAUAAUGUGUGCCUGGUGCCAGAAAGUGGGGAUCAAGCGCUAUUCCCUGAGUAUGGGAAGUGAGGUGAAAAGCUUCUGCAGCGAGAAGUGCUUUGCCGCCUGCCGGAGAGCCUACUUCAAAAGAAACAAGGCUAGAGAUGAAGAUGGACGUGCUGAAACUUUCCCCCAGCAGCACUAUGCUAAGGAAACUCCAAGGCUUGCCUUCAAGAAUAACUGCGAACUACUUGUGUGUGACUGGUGUAAACACAUAAGGCAUACAAAAGAAUACCUGGAUUUUGGGGACGGGGAAAGAAGGCUUCAGUUCUGCAGUGCAAAAUGUCUCAAUCAAUACAAAAUGGACAUUUUCUACAAAGAGACACAGGCCAAUCUUCCAGCUGGGCUGUGCAGCACGUUACACCCUCACAUGGAAAGUAAAGCAGAAGGCACCGGGGUGCAGCUGCUCACUCCAGACUCUUGGAAUAUCCCGCUAACAGAUGCUCGGAGGAAGGCUCCCUCCCCGGUGACUGCAGCUGGCCAAAGCCAGGGCCCUGGCCCAUCCUCAUCCACCACCGUCUCUCCAUCUGACACUGCCAACUGCUCUGUCACUAAAAUCCCCACGCCAGUGCCCAAGUCCCUCCCAAUCAGCGAGACUCCAAAUAUCCCUCCUGUCUCGGUCCAGCCACCUGCUAGCAUCGGACCUCCGCUGGGCGUCCCGCCUCGCAGCCCUCCCAUGGUGAUGACCAACCGCGGCCCGGUGCCGCUGCCCAUCUUCAUGGAGCAGCAGAUCAUACAGCAGAUCCGCCCGCCCUUCAUUCGUGGGCCGCCGCAUCAUGCCUCCAACCCCAACAGCCCCCUGUCCAAUCCCAUACUCCCGGGCAUUGGGCCUCCGCCCGGGGGCCCCAGGAACCUGGGCCCCACUUCCAGCCCCAUGCACCGGCCCAUGCUAUCACCCCACAUCCACCCACCAAGCACCCCUACCAUGCCUGGGAACCCCCCGGGGUUACUGCCCCCGCCGCCCCCGGGCGCGCCCUUGCCCAGCCUUCCCUUCCCUCCGGUAAGCAUGAUGCCAAACGGCCCGAUGCCGGUGCCCCAGAUGAUGAACUUCGGGCUGCCGUCGCUUGCCCCGCUGGUGCCGCCCCCUACGCUACUCGUGCCGUACCCAGUGAUCGUGCCCCUGCCGGUGCCCAUCCCUAUUCCUAUCCCCAUUCCCCACGUCAACGAUUCCAAGCCCCCCAACGGAUUCUCUAGCAACGGGGAGAGCUUCGUUCCGAGCGCCCCAGGCGACUCGGCGGCCGCGGGAGGCAAGUCGGGGGGACGCUCCCUGUCUCCGCGGGACUCCAAGCAGGGCUCGUCCAAGUCGGCCGACUCGCCGCCUGGAAGCUCCGGCCAGGCUCUGAGCCUGGCGCCCUCCGAGCGCGGCCGUGGGGAGGUGGUGGACCUGACUCGGCGCGCCGGCAGCCCCGCGGGUGCGGGAGGCCAGCCUGGCUUCGCCGGCGUGCUGCACGGCCCGCAGGAUGGUGUCAUCGACCUGACAGUGGGCCACCGCUCCCGGCUGCACAACGUGAUCCACCGCGCGCUGCAUGCGCACGUCAAGGCGGAGCGGGAGCCGAGCGCGGCGGAGCGGAGGACCUGCGGCGGCUGCAGGGACGGCCACUGCAGCCCGCCCGCCGCUGGCGACCCGGGCCCGGGCGCCCCAGCGGGUCCCGAGGCUGCCGCCGCCUGCAACGUCAUCGUGAACGGAACCCGAGGCAUCCCGGCCGAGGCUAAGGGCGCAGAACCGCCUCCGGAGCAACCACCGCCCCCCGUGCCACCCAAAAAGCUGCUGUCGCCUGAGGAGCCUGGGGUGAACGAGCUGGAGUCGGUCAAGGAGAACAACUGCGCUUCCAACUGCCACCUGGAUGGGGAGGCGACCAAAAAGCUGAUGGGGGAGGAGACCCUGGCGGGGGGCGACAAGUCGGACCCAAACCUCAAUAACCCCGCGGACGAGGACCACGCCUAUGCUCUGCGGAUGCUGCCCAAGACCGGCUGCGUGAUCCAGCCUGUGCCAAAACCCACGGAGAAGGCUGCCAUGGCACCGUGUGUCAUCUCCUCGCCCAUGCUCAGCGCCGGCCCGGAGGACCUGGAGCCGCCGCUCAAAAGGAGGUGCCUCCGAAUUAGAAACCAGAAUAAGUAA